GAGAGAUAGAUGUGAAGCAGCAGUGCUUCCCUCUAUCGACGGGUUUAAACCACGUGACCUGUGUUUACAUCCUCUCGUUUGUUUCUCUCUUCUUCCACGUCUUCGACACAACGGCUCGUCCUCACUACUUUAUCUUCCCAAACAACUAAUUAGUUAGCUCCUUUAACUAGUAUUCAUCCUCCGAGAGAGGUAGGUAACGUCUCAAAGUGAAUGUCAUUGAGCGUCGCAUUGCACAGUGCGUCCCAGAAGUGAGUUGUUGCGACACGGCAUUGUCACCUGCUGCCUGGACAUGACCAUUGUCUGAACUGACACCUGAGGAGUCACAGCAGCAGGAUCCUCCAUGUCACUCUGAGGAGGAGUUACUCAUCCUGAGUACACGUUCGGCCUUUGUGUUUCUUUUGUGUUUUUGCCAUGGGAGGAGCUGUGAGUGCUGGGGAGGACAAUGACGAUCUCAUUGAUAAUCUGAAAGAGGCUCAGUAUAUUCGCACAGAAAAAGUUGAACAGGCUUUUCGGGCCAUAGACCGUGGGGACUACUAUCUGGAUGGCUACCGGGACAGUGCUUACAAAGACUUGGCAUGGAAACAUGGCAACAUACACCUCUCUGCUCCUUGUAUAUACUCUGAGGUGAUGGAGGCCCUGAAACUGCAGUCAGGACUGUCUUUCCUCAAUUUGGGCAGUGGAACCGGAUACCUGAGCACAAUGGUUGGCCUUAUCAUAGGACCAUUUGGUGUGAACCACGGAGUUGAACUCCAUAAGGAUGUGGUUGAAUAUGCCAGAGAGAAACUGGAUGAUUUCAUAAAGAAUAGUGACAGCUUUGAUAAGUUUGAGUUCUGCGAACCUGUGUUUGUAGUGGGGAAUUGCCUUGAAAUCUCAACAGACAGUCACCAAUAUGAUCGCAUUUAUUGUGGCGCUGGAGUGCAGAAGGACCAUGAAAAUUACAUGAAAGUACUGCUCAAAAUCGGAGGCAUUCUUGUGAUGCCUAUAGAGGAUCAGCUGACCCAAAUAACCAGGACUGGUCAAUGUACAUGGGAAAGCAAAAACAUCUUGGCGGUGUCCUUUGCCCCCUUGGUCCAGCAGAGCAGAGCUGAUGGAGAGAAGCCUGACACAGUCCAGCUGCCGCCAGUGACUGUCCGCAGCCUUCAGGAUCUGUCACGGAUCUACAUUCGCCGCACACUGAGAAACCUGGCCAAUGAGAACAGUCAGGGGAAGGGGAUGGUGCAAAGAGUCCCCCACAAACGCAAACGCAGGCGCUGCCGGCGGCGACGCAUCAACGCCUAUAUUUUUGUAGGCAACCAGCUGAUUCCCCAAAUGGUAGAAAGUGAGGAGGAGGAGGAGGAGCACAAUGAAGAAGAACACAAGGAAGUGGAGGAGGAGGAGGAAGAAAGAGACGCUGCCGAAAUUGAAAUCCUCAAGCAAGUGAACGUGUUGAGAGACCAAAUAAUGGCUUUACCACUGCCUGAGUCACUGAAAGCAUAUUUGCUGUAUUACAGAGAGAAAUGACUGAUUCACUUGAUAUUCAUUCUUAACAGGUGCAGCACCUGCUGAAAUGCUUUUCUUCACCCUUUUCAGUACAAAUGUAGCGUUCUUUCCAUUAAAUCUGGAUGGCAAAACUGCAAUGGAAGAGACGUCAUAGAUAAUAUUGAAAAAUAUGAUUGUUGUGAGUUGUUAGUUUUUGUUGAUAUUUUCAUUUUAUUUGUAUAUAUAAAAAAAAAAACUAUGUAAUAU